AUGAACGGAAUAUCAAAAUUACUAAAUGAUAUUAUUAAAACUAGCAUAGUGUUUUAAUAGUUUACUAUGAAACUACCGAGCUUAAUUUAAUUAAUUUUUGGACUCCUUGCAUAACUUCAGAUGGUAAGUUAUUUAGAAUAGCCUGCUUUUGAACCAUAUAAAUCUUUUACCAUUAUUUUAUUUUUUACAAGACCUCACAUAUAUAUUAUUACUUAAGGAAAUUAUGAAAUUACAUUUAUUGUUUUAUUUCUUUUAAUUUAAAUAGUUAUCAUCAUUUGGAUAUAUUAUUGUAUUGUUUUUAAUUAAACAAAAUAGAACAACAUAAUAAAUGAAAUAUAAUUUAGUCAAAUGAACUCAAAUAAAUUACAAAUAAUUAUUUCAAUCAUCUCCUUAUUUUUAUUUUUUAAUAAAGUCUAUAUAGGUCAUAAUAUAAUAGAAUUUUGUAUGCUGCUUCUUGCUGAUAAAUAAUAGACUUCAGUAUUUAUUAUCAUAAUAAGCAUCAUCCUAAUCCUUUAAAUAAGUAUAAUAUUAUUUAUUUAAUGGUAAUUCUUAAAUAGGAGCAUUAGAUUUAUACCUUAAUUGUAAUAUUUAACAAUUAAUUAAUCCCAUACAAAUAUAAUUAAUUUAUACUUAAAAUUACUUCAAAUAAUAAAUUAUGCUUUUUUAGAAAAUAAAGAAGCAGCCUAAAUUGCUUAAGCAGUAUUGAUAAUCCUAAAUUUUAUUCAUAAAUUUUGGUAAAUUAGAUUUAAUCAUAUACACAUGAGAAAUCCAUAUUUAUUAAUAAUAAUUAUAGUUGGUAGUAUAGGAUCUAUAAUGGCAAUUUUACAAUUAUUUGAAUGUUUAUUUAAUUGUUUUACAUUAAGAUUGUGGAUUCCAUUAGCUCCUAUAAGUCUUUUCAUAAUAAAAGGGUUAUUAGAUAGAAAUAUACAUUAAAUAAUGAAUAAAAAAGGUUUUUAGGAGAUAACUAUUAGUGAAUUAAAAUAUGUUUCUUGCAUUAUUGAAGAGGGUAUAGAUACUAAAAAGUUAGAGAAUUAAAUUUUUCUUUUUUAGUAUGUUUAACAUUUUUGUUAAAAAAAUGAGAUCUUAUUUUCAUAUGAGUAACUACUAUCUCAAUAAAUUAUUGAUAGAAUAAGAUAACAUAUGCUAUAAUAGAUAUUGAGAUAAUUAGAAAAUCUAUCAGAGAAAAUUAGAAAUCCUUUUCAUUUAGGAUAGAUAUAUAUUAAUUAUGUUUAAACAUUAAUAAUUCUAGAUAAAUAUGUUGAAGCAUAACAUAUUAUUGAAUAAUUGUUUAGAUAUAAGAGCAAUAAUCCUUCAAUUAUGAAUUCAAGAAUAUAUAGAUUAACUAUAAGAGUUGAACUUAGCAAUUCAUAAUAAACUUUUUUAAAAAUAUUAGAAUGUAAAAUAAUAGCAAUGAUGUAGAGUAAAAUGAUUUAAUAAACUUCAAAAACAAAAUCCAAUUAAUAAACAAUUUCAUUGGCUAUGAGAUAAUUAUCUAUUAUUAAUUCAAAUACUAUUGAUGUUUAAACAAUGUUUUUAAAUGUUUUAAUAUCAAAAAUAGAAUUUUUUAAUAUUAUUUUAAAUGAUAAAAUAGAGUAGAAUCAAUUAAAUCGCAAAGUAUAAAAGAUCUUAUUAGAAAUGGAAACUUUUCUAUAGAAAUUGAAAUCAAAUUAUGAAUUGUUUCCAAGUAUAUUUAUAAUAUUAAUUUUUAAGCUAUUUCAAAUUAGAGUGUUUUGAUGUUCUAUUAAGUAGAAAUUUUGAAUAAUGUGUUAGAUGCAUAUAACUUUAGCUAAAUUAUUGCACUUGAUGAAGAUAUAAUACUUAAACAUAAUUAAUCAGAAUUAUUUAACUUUUUUAAUUAAAGUUUUAAUUUUGUAAUAUUCAAAAUUAUAGAUGUAUAAAAUAUCAUUAUUGAAUAUCAUUCAAUAACAUAAGGUUAAAAUUUUAAAUUAAAAGAAGGUGAUUAAUUGUAAACCUUAAUACCUUAAUCACUUAAACAACAACAUUAAUAUUUAGUUGAAAAUUUUCUUGAAACAGGUUAAAAUAGAUUUUUUUAAUCAAUUGGUGAAACUUUUAUAAAAAUAAGAUAAGGUAUAAUAUAACCAAUUGAUAUUUGUAUGGAUUUGAAUCAAAAAAAUUCAUAAAAUAUAGAAAUUAUAACAGUUUAUAGGUUACCACAAAGUGAAAAACAUAUAAUAUUUGUAGAUUCCAACUUUAGACUUUAAGAAAUAAGUCAUAACUUAUUUUUUGGUGGUUUAAAUCUUUCUGAAGUCUAUUUGGAUCAUAUUAUUGGUAUUAAUAUAAAUAAAGUAAUUCCUUAAUUUAAAAAAUAUAUUGAUGAAAAAAUAUAUGAUAUUAAAAUAUGUCCUAUUAAUUUUAUAAGCUGUUAAGAAGAAGAUGAAUAGAAAGGAAAAACAAAAACAUUUAAUUGUUUAGAUGAUAUUGAAAAUAUCACAUUAUAUUCAUGUCAUUUAACUAUCACUCAAAGAUUCUUUUAAGAAAAUCAAUAUAUAUUUGUAUUGAGAUUAGAUAAUCUUAAAAUAGAUAAAGUUAAUUCAUGUACAUAAUUUAGAUAUAUGUAAAAUUCUGAGAAUCCUUUUGAUAUUGAUGAAUAAAUUGAAAUAAACUUACCAGAUCCUGAAGAAGAUUAUUAUUAAAAGUAAUAAAUGAUAUUGAAUACAGAACGUCAUGAAUUACAAAUUGAUUUAUUAUAGGAAAAUAAUGAUUUCUAAAUAAUUCCAGAGAAAAAAUAAACUGAAAACUCUUUUCCUCGUUUCAGUAAUAAAAUUAAUAGAAAAUUAGAAAAUUUUACAAAUUUAUCAAGUAUUGCUAAAGUAAAAAGAUCUCCCUAUUAUCAAAUAUUUAAAUAAUCCUCAAUUAUUCUUAAUUCUCAAAAAUAAUCUAAGAAUUGGAUUUCAUUAAUUAUCAUUUAUUUAAUAUAUAUUCUUGUUGCAUUUAUCUUUUCGAUAAUUAUAUUUGAUGAAACCUUUUAUUUAAAAGAAUUGAUAUCUCAUUUGGAACUACUUUCUAUUAAGAAUGAAAUCUAUUAACCAAUUGACUCCUUUUUAGUCACUAGAUAUACUAUUGUAACUUAUAAUUAAUUACUUAAUCUGAAAAUGAUUGAUGAGAUAGAACAUGCACAAUUUAUUUAAUUUCCAAAAUCAAAUUUAUUAUCAGGUUAUGAUCUUUUAAAAUAGAGUAUUACAAAGGUAUUAUAUAUACCUGAAUUUUAACCAUUUUUAGAAGAGAAUUAUUUAAUACUUUCCUUAUAUGUAAAGAAUAAUACUGGAGUGAAUUAUAAUAUAAGUUUUAGAGAAUCAAUUCAUUUAUUACUUAAUUAUCAAUAUGAAUAUAAAUUGGCUUAUACAGUAAAACCAUUAUUGACAGAUGGACCUUAUUUUUAUUAUUCGUAUAAAAACAGUCAAAUAUUAUAUAAAAAGUUUGUUGAUCUUGAAAACUUUACUUUAGAACAAACAUUAAUAUAUUCAAAUGAAAAAAUGAAUAACAUUAGAUUAUACAUAACAUUAUUUGGAGUAAUAUCUUUCAUAUUGAUUAUUCUAAAAAUCUAUCAUGUAAAACAGAUUAGAAAUUCCAAAAAUAAAAUAUUAUCUAUUUUAAAAAAUCAAGAUCUACAUCAAGUUGAAUUAGAAAUUAUUAGAUUAAAAUAAAUAACUUUGAAAAUCUAAAAUAAUAGAUAAAUGAUCUAUGGAUAUUCUAUGGAUCUGGAUAAUAUUGAUAAAUCUUUCAAAAAAAAAUAAUCAAAUUUUAAAUAUCGUUAAAUUAACAAUAAAAAAUUGGUUUCUCUAAAUAUAUUUAGAAAAACAUUCGCAAUAUUAUUUCAUUAUCUAAUAUAUUUUUUAGUAAGUUUAAGUUUCUAUCUUAUAACACAUAAUUAAAUAAUCUAUUAUUAAAAUGUAGCAAAAUUUUACUAAAAAAUAUCAGAUGCCAGUGUAAAUAUUUUAAUUAUUUAUGCUUGGAAAGAAGCCUUGUAUUAUAAAGCUACAUUUACAUUUUUCACUCCUUCUGAAAUCUAAGAUUUAUAUUAACAUGUAGAAGAGAGUUUAGAUUCAUUAAAAGAGUUUAAUUAGGAUUUACUUUAAUUAGAUUAAAUUAAUGAAAUUUUUGGACCAUCUACUCAAAUAGUAGAAAAAAUAACUUAAAUUUCUGUAUGUGAUAAUUUAAGCGAAGUAUAUAUACAUAACAAUAAAAUAUUUUAGGAAUAUAAAAUAAAGGCUAAUGGGAUUUGUGACAAAGUUAUGUAGGGAGUUUUAAAAGGAGGACUUGUAAAUGCAUUAAGUUAUGUAAUCAACAGCAUAUCUAAUGAAUAUGAAACAACUCAUUUUGACACUAGAUAAUCACUAGAUAAAUUAGAAUUAGAAGGUUCAACACUUUUAUCAGAUGUCUUGUCAAAAUUUUCUGGUGUUAUAAAAGAAUAAUUUUAAAUUUAAAUUACUGAAUUGUAAUUUAUAGUUUAUGUAAGAGUUUUGUCUAACUUAAGAUUGUUGUUUCAUUGUACUUAGCAUUUGAAAUCGUUAGUAUUUAUUGUUUAAGAUUAAUAUCAAAUUCUGAAUUAAAUAAAAUGA